GUGUGCCGUCGACCGGUUCUACUGGUCUCCUCUAUGAACGUCAGUCGACGCCGGGCGUCCUAAGCGCGCAGCUGCUGGAGCUUUGUCGUGUCGUUCGCAGCCGAGAGCACACGUAACCGACUUCGUGACGAACAGCUAUCGGUGCCACACGCGUGUUAUAAACGACAGAACGACGAGAGGACCUCGCAAGAAACCCGCCCGGAGCGAGAAGCUGACGUUUCGACAGUUUUACCGUUCGAAAACUGCUUGUCGAAAAGUUCUCGAGAAGUAGAGCCACAUACGUACACACGUUCGCGCACACAUACGCUUCUGAUCUCACGUCGCUGUUGCUCAAUCUUUCGCUCCUUGGAAGUACCAUCUAGGAUGCAUCGGACGGACAUAAUUUUUUACAAAAUUUUGACGUAGGCUGGGUGUCAGUGGUCAAGCCUCCCGAUGAGAGAUCUCGCCGGACGUUGCGCCGGGCAACGUGAGGGCAACUGUCUCGACGCCUGUUCAUCUCGCUGGAUAUCCAAAGGACGGGACAAGUGUCUCGGAAUAGUUGCCAGUGAUCGGAGAGACUACGUUGGUGAACUGAUAGGAUGCGAAUGUGGAUCUUGCGCGGAUGAUACUCGUGCCGUGGGAUUUGUUAAUUGGGUACCGGUGAUGCGGCUACAUGCUGGAAGAAAGAAGGGGAUGACUGUUGAUUUUCUACCGAGGAUGGUGGCGGCCUUUGUUUUCGCUUGCCUUCUAUUGCAGAAUAGUCGGCCGACAUUUGCAGGAUUUACUACCGUUACUACUAUCCCUGAUCCAGAAUUCGUGGACGAAAUAGGAAAUAUUACAGUACCAGCUGGGCGAAAUGUCAAAUUGGCGUGCAGUGUAAAGGAUCUCGGAUCGUUUAAGGUGGCCUGGAUGCUUUUCGACAAGAGCGCUAUUCUGACGGUACAGAAUCAUGUUAUUACCAGGAACCCCAGGAUAUCCGUGUCGCACGAUAAGCACAGGACCUGGUUCCUACAUAUCAACGACGUGCACGAGGAGGACAAGGGAAAGUACAUGUGCCAGAUUAACACUGCUGCUGCCAAAACGCAAUAUGGCUAUCUACACGUCGUAGUACCACCGAACAUCGACGAUUCGCAAAGUUCGUCGGACGCGAUUGUUCGCGAGGGCGCUAACGUGAGUCUCACCUGUAAAGCGACCGGAAGUCCAACGCCUAGUAUUCGUUGGAAGAGAGACGACGGUUCCAAGAUUUCAAUCAACAAAACUUUAACCGUGGCAGAAUGGGAGGGUGAAACACUCGAAAUGGCUCGAAUUUCGAGAUUGGAUAUGGGCGCAUAUUUAUGCAUCGCCAGCAACGGCAUACCACCGACAGUUAGCAAGCAGAUCAAGGUGUCCGUCGACUUCCCCCCUAUGCUCUGGAUACCGCACCAAUUGGUCGGCGCGCCCUUGGGUUACUCCGUUACGCUGGAAUGCUACACCGAGGCUCAUCCGACUUCUUUGAAUUACUGGGCGAGGGAGGACGGCCUAAUGAUUCACGAGAGCGUCAAAUACAAGGCUACGUCGUCGCCCGACAGACCGUCCUACAAAAUGCACAUGACGCUUACGAUAUUCGAUAUACAGAAAGAGGACUACGGGAGCUACAAGUGCAUCGCCAAGAAUCCACGCGGGGAAACCGACGGAACGAUUCGCCUGUACAUGUCGGCGCCACCAAGCACUAGUCCAAGUCCUUCUACCACAGAAAUGCCUAAAAAAGCAGAUUGGGAAUUGAUGGCGGAGAUGAAUAACUCUGUUUACGGAAAUCCAAGUUCGCUGACAAUUCAUAACGAGAGGAAUAUCAAGACAGGUACCAAGUUUCAAUCGAACCUCAAUGAAAUCGGAAAAUCGGAGCAGAAGUCGGCUGAGAUGGACCGAAAAAAGAAUUACAACUGGCCUCCAGAGAAAGACUCAGCGACGGGUGUAAUGACGACCGGGAUGUUACUACUGAUUGCUCUGGCCGUAAUGAUAAUUCGAUAAACGGGACACGAGUCUUCGCUUGGUUGAUACGCCAUUGGUGAAUUUCCUUAAUUAACGAACUCAAUUUAAACAAUUAGACCUUACGGGAGACAGAUACACACAUGUACACGCGUACACAUAACAUAUAACGAACACAUACCUACGCUCAUACAUACGCACACUCACGCACAUACGUACUCGUGCACACGCAUAAAUAUAUACAAGUGACACAAAGACUGAACGAGUAGUUAGCGUCGUAUUAAAUGACGGUGAAUAAUUUACGCGUGCCAAGUUUAGUGUAGCGACAACAAGUCUACGAGAAGCCAAGAAUUAAAGCAGCACGAACCCCCCAUCGAUCCUUCGCUCGGAAAUUGUGUGUGGUGAGAUGACUCAGACGGGGACGUGGGACGGGGGCGCAGCGGAGAAGGAGAAACAACGAGAAUGAAAAAUGGAUAAUUGACAAAGUGCAACGACUAUCGCUUUCAGUGUAAUAUAUUGUAAAACGCCGUAAAAAGCUGACGUCGACUACAAUACCAGUGAUCUCGUCUCUGCGGGUGCGAUUUAAGACGUGUGAAAGUGAGUCGUUACGUUUUCUAACUCCGACACACCGCGGGAGUCACUCUGGUAAUUCUGGUGUGUGUAUCCCGAAAAUAUCAAAACAAAAAUACUCGAGCUUAAUAAUGGAUUAAAGUUUGACCGAGCCAAAUAGUUUUCGCUCUUUUUUAUAUUUAUACCAUUUUGAGAUAUUUUUUCCAUUUUUUUUCUUUUUUUCAUUGGUAUGAUUGAUGAGCACAAGGUUUUUCGAUUCGGCAACGCAAACAGUUGAUUCAAUUUGGAGGUUUGUCGUAGCUCGAUGAGAAUUACGAGAAUGAAUCGCACUUUGAGCAAAAUUAAUUUUCUAUAAAACUUCGAGCAUUAAAUUCUACCUACGUAGACACGAAUCUCAAUUUCAUUUGCAUUCUUAAAUAAUGGCGAAUUUUUUCUUUAUCAAAAUGUAAGGAAAUCGGCAAAUAUGGCACCUCAAAUAUGUAUCAUCUCCAAUGUCAAUUUCAAUGUUUUGUUCUUUAUUUAUUUUCUUUUUUCUUAGUUCGAUUAGAUUAGUAAUCUUGGUUUGUAGACAAUAGUGCUGUUUCUAAUCUGCCAAGUGAUGUAACUCGUCCGACUCUCUUCCUUCGUAUCUCUCUGCCUUCUUGCGUACGAAAUCGUGGAUCCAAUCUCGAUACUUGAGAUUAAAACGUCAGAUUCGGUCUAGAGAGAAGUUGCUCCCCGUUCGAAGAGGUGCUCGAAAGAAGAACCGAAAGAGAGGGAAAGGGAAAAUGGAGAAUUCGCGACGGGGGACGAAACGGAGAUAUGUCACAACCAGAAGAAGCGUCAAAUAUUAUGUCGUUGCAAAUGUAAUAAUCUAUUUUAAUAGUUUACAAGCAAAAGUGAAAAAUCGACUAUCACUCGCGAUGAUUUGAUACAAAUGUUGCAAAUGUUGUCGCAAAUGUUCAAAUCAAAAUCUUUUUUAACCUCAAUAUUUUAUUUAAUGUUUGCUUUGAUACUUUGAAACUUAUGUCUUUUGAUUCCGUUUGAUCUACAGUUUUGCCUAGAAGUAGUCUUUAGAACUUACAAGUAAUAAUUUGUGAGUUUUCUAUCAUUUAGAUCUGCUGUUUCCAUGUGUAUUAAGCAUACACUGAUUCAGAGUAUAUAGAUAUUAAAAAGUUCAGGUCGAAAGUAAUGCUAAAAGGAGAAUGUUAAAGAUAGGCUAUUUUUUAAAUCUUAACUAAUUAUAGGCUAUUUUUUUAACCUUAAUUAAUUAUUGGAAACUGUUUCCAAGAUCUUCUAAAAACAGAAAAUAAUAAUUAUUUACGCAUGAGAAUCUGACUUAUUGGUUCACAUAAUAUAUACGUGUUUGCAAAGGUAUAUAGGGAUAAUUAUGAUGUGUGAUGGAUAUAUAGCAUAUGUGUGUGUGUUGUGUGCUGAUAACUUCUCUAACGAUCUCUCUCUGAUUUUUUCCUUCCUUUCUUUUCCUCCUCAAAUCUAUCUCCAGCAAAAAUUUUGUGAUAAGGAUUAAAAAAUGUAAAUAGAAAAUUCUUCCUUUUAGAUUUCUCUACAUGUAAAACAUAUAAACCUUGUGUAAGCCAAAAAACUAACUUCUCUACAUUUACUACUUCCCUUUCAAGACAUAAAUGUGCAAUUUAUUUUAUUUUAAAAAUAUACUAGGAAUACAAAACUUAAAGAAAUACUUUAUAUAAUUGCUUCAACAAUUGAUAACAAUUUCGUUUUUCAUAAUUUUCCAGGCCAAGUGGACAAAUAGUUGUUAUUUUCUAUUUCCACAUUACAAAGUAUGUUAUUUUGGUUGAAUCUCUUUUUACAUUUUUUACCGUUUUUUUUUACUGUUUUUUAUCGUUCUUCUUACCAUUUUAAUUCACAUCAUUUAACAUGUCGUUUAAACGUAUUAAAUUACAAUUUAACGUCUUACACGUUAAAUUACACGUUUACACGACAAUUUACACGUCUUAACUCCUUCCCUGUCAGUGACGCAUAUACGCGCAAAAAAAAAGUUGUGCCACUUUUGCUCCAUGACGCACAUAAAAAAAAUAUGUUCAAUUUCAUUUGGUUUAAUUGUGCAUGGAUUUUCGAAGAUUCUUGGGGACGCUGAAUUUGAAUCUGAAAUCAGAUUUUAAAAAUUUAAAAUGGCGGAUUCAAUAUGGCGGCAAAAUUCGAGACUUUCUUAGAAUUUUCUGGAAAUGGUAAUCUAUAUGUUAUUUGUAUGUUUUCAGAGUUACUGGAUUCAAAUCUGAAGUCAGAUUUUUCAAAUUCAAAAUGGCGGAUCCAAUAUGGCGAUCAAAAGUGUGGAAAAAAUUUUGGGAUUUUACAAAAGUGACAUAAUGCUUUUUUACAAUGUUGAGUUCAAAUCUGACUUCAGAUUUGAAUCUAGUAAUCCUGAAAAUAGAUAUAGAUUACCACGUUCACAAAAUUCCAAGAAAAUCUCGAAUUUUGAUCCGUUAUAUUAGAUCCGCAAUUUUGAACUUUUAAAAUCUGAUUUCAGAUUCAUAUUCAACGUUCCCAAAAACUCUAAUUUUGUUCCUCAUGUCAUUCUGAAGAUUUUCAUUUUUCGAAACAUUUUUAGCACGAAAAUGUAAUUUUCGUCUGACAGCGAAGGGGUUAAACAUGUAUUAAAUUACAUAAUUUAUACCACAAGGAACGAGCUUCAGCCAAAUUGCACGCUUAUGUGUUUAAAAAUAACACAUCUAGAUUUGCAACGUAGAAGAUCCCAGGAUUUCAGGUCUCAAAUAAUUAGUUAAGAUUCCAUUAGCGAGCCAAAAAAGUGACCUAUUUUUAUCAUUCUCCUUUUAGCUCAGGUGUCUCCGAAUCAAUUCGGCGGCACUGCACCGUCGCUUCGCUACACUGGUGUUUCGAAAGUGCCACAGUCCCUUUUGCGCAUCGUAUCGUGUAGAAACGCAAACGUAACGUUUCCGCAUUCUACAAAGUGCAUCUCGCGUCUCACGGGCUCGUAUAUUCCCUCAUUUCGUUAUUUAACGUGCUUUACUUGGUUACAUCCUAGCGAUUUUUGCAUCGCGAAAGCGCUAAGUAAAAAAUAUUUCUCCUUUGUAUAAAUACCUCCGCGCUCUUACACAUGGACCUUUUUUUGUAAACGAAUACCAAUUACGCGGAGAAAACAACUAUUUCCGGCAAGCUUCUGUCUUGCAUCGAAGGAACAGAGACUCAAGCUCACGGUCUUGUAAAGAAGAACGCGAACGAUUCCAUCCGGCGCAAUACGAUGCUCCGGCAGUACCAUAUUAUUUAACUACCGGAGUUUUUAGUAGCAGUAAGCCGUUUGUGAAAACAAAGAAAAAUCCCGCUCUCUCAUUUCGUGAGGAUGAAUUUUCAUACGACUACGUGUUCGCGCACUGGCGUUAUUUGCGAUUAAAGUGACGUCUGCGUGCAUUCAUAACAAGCGCGGAAAUUUUCCAGUUAUAAAACUGCUCGUGUAUGCAGAGGUAGUCCGGGGAGCGAAAUGAUCGCUAGAUAAAUAUAUUAAGACUUGACAAACGUAUCGAGGCCUGUUCCGCGCCGUUACCGCGAUCAAUUUAUAUUUACGCGUUAAUUGAUAAAAUUGGGAUUUAUUCGCGGACGCGGCCUGCAAAAAUCUGCCUCCGCCAUGCCGGUUUUAAGCGGCCUCCGAACUACUUAGGAAUAUCCAUUAUUCAGCGUACAUCUUGUUUAAAGCAACAGGUUCGAGAGUCUCUGCACUCGCGCGCAAAAGGAGUUAAUGCUUGCGACGGAUUAAAGAAGGGAACGGUCGACUCAGGGAUUACGCGGACUUACUCUGAUGAGGUCUGUAAUCGUAUCAUUCGCGAGACUACCUACAGUCUUCUAACUUUAAAAGUCAUAAGCAUUUAACAUAAGGGGAUUGCGCGCUUUUGGAGCAUCGUGAUUGUCGGAGCGAUGCAAUCUGCAAAUCUUAUUGCGACGAAUCCGAAUCCUGAUCCGGUUCUCAACGUUGUUAAGGGACAAUUUCUCUCUCGGGACUGCCGCUUAAAACAUUUAUUUGCAUUUGCAUAAUGUCGAUUGAACGAUUGCCAUUUUCUUGUUUUUCUCAAAAUUCUUUAUAAUCGCGUUACACUAUCACGCAUAACUUACGACGCAAUAUUAUGCAGAAGUCUGUAGCAAAUACCUAAACAGAGAUCUACAUGACUUUGAUCGUGUUUCACGGCAUUAAUAUUCCAAUUAAUUUUGAGUGAGACGAAGAAAGAAAGGAGAAUAUAUUGAGGCACUUGGCGUCAAUUAUAUAAUCACUCUUUCUGGAUAUAUUAUUAUUAAUUGUACUUUUUAUAAGACUAUUAAGUACAAUCUUUUCUCCCUAAUCGAUAAUUAUUUGUUUACCACUUCUACAUAAUUGUCUAAAAAAAAAAGAAAGUACGAACGCUCUAGGAAUCUGUUUUGAAUUUACAAACGAACGAAUGCGUCUAACGUGGCGCGUGAUGUCAUUGAUCUCGAAUCAUUGACACCUCUCUCAAUCAGAAGAAAAAGAAUCAAGAUAAUCGUCAUAAACAAGUAUUUGAUAUACUCAUGAAAUUUUCAUGUGCUCAGAAUGGAGAGCGCAGCAAAUCUUUUUUACGAAGCAUGACUAGAUGACCGUUAUUUAGAUGACACUUAAGUAUUGUUUUGACGCAAAAUUAUAACGAGCUUAGCCAAUCGAUGGCAUAAAGCACGUACAUACAUACAGUCUCGCAUAAGAUGUACAAAUAUGUAGCUCCGAAGGAAUCUUUCAACACAUCAAACAAUUUCUCCCACAAAAGAUCGGCAAUAAAAACGAUACAAUAAAAAUUCGUUAUCCCCUUCGGUCAUAACUAAAGGCUCGAAAGACGUUGGUCUACCGAGAAUCGACCUCUUGCCUAUAACGCAAAUAGAGUUCGUGUAGCACAUGUGUAUGUAUGUAUGUGUAUACGCGUGUAUGUAAUACGUGUAGCAAGUGUAGUACGUAAAGCAAGAAUGACCUUUUUUCGUGUUAACCAUCCGCAAUGCCAUUUUCCAUUAGCAUCGUUAGCUGCGACAUAUUCCCCUCCUAAUUUAUAAUAUCCCCGGUUGUGUAACAUUUAUUCAAAAGUAAAACACGCGAUCAAAUGUGCAAACGCAAAUAUACGUGGGUCGUAAAAAAGACUACGUGACCUACAGAAAUGCGGAUUUGACCAAAUUUUUAUUACCGUAUUUAGAGCCAUUCUUUAUUAGGUUAAGUAUGACAGUAUGUGAUCUGUCGAUUAGUCUUUGUUUGACAAUGCGCCAAAGUAAACACCUUAAAUGUCUCUAUACGUUCAUUAUAUCCUCUUAUUUUUCGAGUGAAGUAGUAAACUCAAGUCUCAUCAACGAUCAUAAACCCCUGUUAAAAGUCCUUCAGAUUGCGGCGAAGAUUGCAUGCUAAGAGUUGCGUGAAACUUCAAUUGUCUUUGCUGGUGUGAGCAAACGUAAGACUAAUCGUUUGCAGAAUACUUUAGCGUACUGUUAAACAAAGACUAAUCGACAAAUUAUUCUAUGCUUUAUAUUGUUAUACUUAACUUUUCGAUUUUCAUGUUAAUUUCCCAAACAUAAAUUCCUAAGUAGGGUGACUUGCUUCUUGUAAAUAAGUUAUAUCUUUUUGAAAAUUAUAUAUAAUAUGCAUUUAUUUGUCUCAAACGAAAGCUUAUAACAUAAAAAUCAAUUAGAAAAAUCCACAAAAAUUAUUAACUUUUCUGGUAGAAUUAUUCUAAAAUAAUUAUUUAUAGGGCAAGCAACUCAUCCAAGCAACUCAUUUAGAAGUCAAAAGGUUAAUAACUUUUAAGUUAUUUGUAUAAUUGUGCGAUAACAAGUAUGGUACAAGAAUUAUAAUAAAAAACUUGUUUCUUUAUCAUAAUUAUAAUUUUAUAUUUUAAUAUAUUCUAUAUGAAUAUGAAUAAAAAUAAAUGGCAUGUUAUAUUUACGCA